AUGAGGGAUCUGUUGAACCCCACAAGCCAGGCCUACUGGAGGGAGCGGAUAAAGAAGGAGGUGUUUACCCGGACCACCUGGAAUGCCCGCUAUGGACACAAGUACCUGAAAGAGGGGUCCAAGAUCAGGAAUCAGUCCCAGAAGGUCCCUUUUGGGUCAGUCUUGAAAGCAGGCCCAGUGCCUUCCACAGGCUCCCCUGUCAGAAAAGAGGCGCAAGCAGGAUGGCCAGAGACCAGCAGGGUCCAGGGAAGCAGAGUGAGGCAAGCCAGAAGAGGUCUUCAGUACACAGCAGGGGAGGGCAGGCCAGAGGACUUAGAAAUGAAGCCCCCGACCCCAGCCACUCUGAAGCUGCUCUUCGAAGGCAUCUCCCAUGAUGGCCAGGGCCGGACCCUGUACCUCAAGGAGCGGCAUCAAGUGAUACCAGAGAAGAAGUACAAGUACCCGAUGGUGUCUUCCUGGGAGUAUGGCUGGCAUGUGGGUAAGACCAUUACACUCUUGCCGUUCCAGGCUUUCGGACUGGACUGA